UUCUCUGGAUAACCUUUUAGCUUUUUAAUCUCUUAGUCAUACAGUCGAACUGAGAAUAAUACAUUCAAACCAGUAUUCCUUAUGGACAAAUGUCUAAAUUAGUCCCAAAAAAUAAGAUUGUUAAAUUUAUAGUAGUUUUAGUAUUAUCUUGGUUAAGUACAUAACUAUUAAAACUGUUUUGAUCUAAUGACCAACAACUGAAUUUAGUUGCUGCUCACCACUAUUACUGCAAACAUGUGGAAUUUUUGCAUUCUAUUAACAAUUGCUGUUCUCGGGACUAGCAAUGCAUUUCAUUUCAAUUACAAUCAUGACAAUAUCAUAACCAACACCUGCAAGGCAUUAAACGAUGAGUGGAAAUGCUGUCAAACCAGUUCCAAUGUCUGGUUUUUCAAACUGACCGUCUGUGGGAAUCUUAAGCUGUUAAGGAAAAGUAUGGGGAUGAAACUGUCUGUGGCCUUUAACGGAUAUACUAUUGACAAAACGUUCUCAGUUAGGAACCCACCGUCAAUUUGCUACCUUGGGGCCUGUGCUAAAUUUUAUAAUAUGGAUUGGGAGAAUCAAACAGUCAGUGGAUGCUUGGCAGCAGAAGCACAAUUAAUUUAUUUUCACAGUUUUCUUUUAAAAAUUGGUUGUUUUCAAUUUCCCUUGCCCACGGAUGUAAGUAAUUAUUACCUCAAAUUUUAUAAAAGCAAUACAAUUUUGACUAAUGACAUUUUUCUUAGGAAAUAUCCAAAACAACAAAAGCUUUUCUUAAAGGAGUUGCAUGACAAAUACUAUAAUCUGGCACAGGUCUUCCAUUAAGCCAAAUGAUAUUUUAACCAAAUUGACUUAAUAAAAUUAGAAACAUGUAUUAUGAUAACUAUGCCAAAUAAUCUAUCUUUUUCUAUGAAAAUAAUAUAGCUGAACUAUAAAGCCGAAAUUAUCUAUCUUGGUCAAGCUUUGAUCCAGCAUAUAAUUGCUAUAGUUUCUUGAGGAAUGUUUCGAAGAAAUUUACCGACGUAUUUUUCUUCGCAUCAAAUUUCAUUUCCAUGAGCUGUCAUUACAAUUCCACCUUCACAGUUAAGCCAACAUUCAUGUAUGUAGUUUUUAGAGCUUCAUUUCCUUUGUAGUUGUUUUUGAUCUCAAAGAACCGAGCACAUUGUCAGCUAAAGAUUGAACGAUAAUAUCCCACUGUUAUAUAUAAGAUAAUAUCAGCUUCCCACUGUUUUCUGUAGUCAUCCUUUCUUCCUUUAUUUCCAGUGCCUGGAGACAAUUUUCCCAAUACAGUCGUGUCUUUAUUCUGAAUUCCCAGAAAGUUCUUUCCAUCAAACGGUUUCUAAUUUAGCAGUAUGGCUUACAUAGACGCCAUGUUUGAGAAUGAACAAAAAUAAACUUCAGAGCAUGUCCUGAUAAAUUAACCAAAUCGAACUUUACACUCAACACCUCUUGUGAAAGAAAGGUUUCACACAAGCUCCUUCACUGUCCCUGGGCCCAUAACCUGUUGUAGGGAACAACAAAAGUGCCACGGCUCUCAAGGAAUCCUGAAUAAUGUAUUAAGAAAAAAAUUACCAAAAUAUAUCAUUUAAAAUAAAGAACACGCAAAUUAAAAGUUGAUCAGAUUCUAUCGGAUUGCUUUUACCGUCAUU